AUGCUUGGCUCCCAAUGGAGCAAGGAAGAGCUAAGUCGUUUCUAUGAAGCUUUCCGCAAACAUGGUAAAGAUUGGAAAAAGGUGGCUGGUGCUGUCCGAAACAGAUCUGUCGAAAUGGUCGAGGCUCUUUACACAAUGAAUAGGGCAUACUUAUCUCUUCCAGAGGGGACUGCUUCUGUGGUUGGGUUGAUUGCUAUGAUGACUGAUCAUUACAGCAAUUUGGCAGGAAGUGAUAGUGAACAAGAAAGCAAUGAUGGAGCAGGAUCAUCUCGGAAUCCCCAAAAGCGUGCUCGGGGAAAACUCCAGCCCACUACCUCUAAAGCGUUGGAUGUGCAAUCUAUUUCGCAUUCCCAGACUGUUGCGCCAAAUUAUGGUUGUCUGUCAGUGUUAAAGAAGAAACGCUCUGGGGGAAGCCGACCUCGUCCUGUUGGAAAAAGGACACCAAGGUUCCCCGUUUCAUUUUCAUAUGAACAUAUUAAUGCGGAAACGCAUUUUUCUCCAACCAGGCAAGGUUUAAAGUUAAAGGCUAAUGCCAAUGAUGAAGAAGUUGCUCAUGAAAUAGCCAUAGCUUUGGCCGAGGCUUCACAAAGAGGUGGUUCUCCCCAGGUUUCUCGAACACCAAAUAGAAGAGCUGAGAGUGUUAUGUCUUCACCUUUUAGGAAUGCUCAAAGAAGGCAUUCUGUACCAGAAAUGGCCAACGCGAAGCUCUUGGCUACUGACAUGGAUGAAGAAGAUUUAGAAGGGAGCAUGGAAGCUGACACUGGAGAGUUAGCUAGGUAUAAAUCUCAUAGGACGGAAUCUGAAAGUCCUGGUAUAGCAAGACAGAAAGGGAGAAAAUUUGAAUCUGCGAAGGUUGAAGUUGAUUACAAUAGUGAGAAUCAUUUGGAUGACAUCAAGGAAGAAUGUAGCAGGACGGAGGAAGGUCAAAGGAUGGGCACAAUGAGAGGUGACAUUGAGGUCACAGAUCCCAAAAUUUUAAGGUCCCCCAUGGAUCAGAGAAAGAAGAGCAAAAAGGUUCUUUUCGGAAGAGAUGAAGAUGACUUUGAUGCCCUUCAAACUUUGGCUGAUUUGUCAUUGAUGAUGCCAACAGAAAAGGAAGAAGAGUCAAGGAUUCAGUUAAAAGAUGAAGACGAUGAUCAUGUUGAUGAGUCUGGGUCAUUAGAAGCUCAGCCAGUAAACCAGAAAAGGGACAAACGUAGAUCUGCAGGGGUUAGGAUGAAAGGUUACCUAUCAAUGACAAAUUCUGAAUUGGCUUCUGGUAAAACGUCAAAACCUGGAAAAAGUUCAGUUUCCGAUGUUAAUGCUGUUGCUGCAGAAAAUCCGGAUCCUCGUCAAUCUAUCACCAAAACAUCAAGAAGAAAAGCAUAUAAGAUUCAGAAAACUGAAGCUCAUCCUGGUGAAUCCCUAGGAGUUGAGGCUGGAGAUACAGGGAAGAAGUUGAUGAACAAGAGUAAGAAAGCUUCACAAACUGGCUCACCGAAACUGAUGAAAGUUUCUGAAAAUUCUUCAAGUAUUGAUCUACGGAGAGAAGGAAGUGACUCGGCACAAUCAGCUGUGCAGGUCCCCGCGGUUAACCAGGUUAAUUUACCUACUAAAGUUAGGAGCAGGCGUAAGAUGGACCUCAAAAAACCAAAUAAAAUUGCAGUUGACCAAAGUAACUUGCCUUUCGCCUCACUGCAGGAGAGAUCAUUUGAUCAUAAGAAAAAACUGUCCAACUGCCUUUUGAAUCCUCGUGUUCGGAGAUGGUGUGCAUAUGAGUGGUUCUAUAGUGCCAUCGAUUAUCCUUGGUUUGCAAAACGGGAGUUUGUUGAGUAUUUAUAUCAUGUUGGAUUAGGGCAUGUUCCAAGAUUAACUCGCGUGGAAUGGGGUGUCAUAAGAAGCUCUCUUGGGAAACCACGGAGAUUCUCUGAGCAGUUCCUGAAAGAAGAAAAGGAGAAGCUUAAUCUUUAUAGGGAUUCUGUUAGAAAACAUUACACCGAGCUCCGUGAAGGUAUCAGGGAAGGACUACCAACGGAUCUUGCACGACCUUUAUCAGUUGGACAGCGAGUCAUAGCCAUUCAUCCAAAAACAAGGGAGAUACAUGAUGGCAGUGUGCUAACAGUUGAUCAUUCUAGGUGCCGGAUUCAGUUUGACCGUCCUGAACUUGGGGUUGAAUUUGUUAUGGACAUUGACUGCAUGCCCUCAAAUCCUUUUGAGAAUAUGCCUGCUUUGCUCUGGAGACAUGCACUUAUUGUUGAUAAGUUUUUUGAGAAUUUCAAUGAGUUGAAAAUGAAUGGACAAGUAAAAGAAUAUGUGAAAUUUUCCCCGGGUGACAAUUUGGAUAAUGUCGAUGGUCUUUCCCAUUCAUCUCCAGCUCAUUCUGCCAGUAGUUUAUUGAGGCAAACAAAGGUGGCCUCCUCUCAUGCCAAUGUUCAAACUAGGACUGGGCCUACGGAAACUGCUACCUACCAACAGACACUGUAUUCUCAGCCUUGUACACCAGCUCACAUUCAAGCAAAAGAAGCUGAUGUUCAAGCUCUUACUGAGCUGACUCGCGCUCUUGACAAAAAGGAAGCUAUUGUUCUAGAGUUGAGACGCAUGAAUGAUGAUGUGUUGGAAAAUCAGAAGGAUGGCGAUGGCUCUUUGAAGGAAUCAGAGCAGUUCAAAAAGCAAUAUGCUGCUGUACUUGUACAAUUGAAUGAAGCCAAUGAACAGGUAUCUUCGGCUUUGUAUUGCUUGAGACAACGGAACACGUACCAUGGAAACAGUUCGCUUAUAUGGCCAAGGCCAGUCAACAAUUUCAGCGACCUUGGUGGUAUAUUGAGUUCUAAUGACCGUUCAAUAUCUCAACCUCACGAAUUAGGAAUACAAGUGAAUGAAAUUAUUGAUAGCUCAAGAACAAAAGCUCGAACAAUGGUAGAUGCAGCUAUGCAGGCUAUAUCAUCACUCAAGGGUAGGGAGGAUGGCAUGGAGAAAAUUGAGGAAGCUAUUGAUUAUGUGAAUGAUCGGCUUCCAUUGGAUGAUUCCUGCAAGCCAGGGGCACCUGAUCGUAAGUUGAAUGCAUCCGAUAAAAAAGAUGAGGCACAAAUUCCUUCAGAACUGAUUACUCAAUGUGUAGCUACUUUGCUUAUGAUUCAGAAGUGUACAGAACGAGAGUUCCCACCGUCUGAUAUAGCACAGAUACUCGAUUCUGCUGUGACAAGUUUGCAGCCGUGCUGUUCGCAGAACCUUCCUGUUUAUGCUGAAAUACAGAAGUGCAUGGGUAUAAUCAAGAGCCAAAUAUUGGCACUGAUACCUACAUAG